GCCAAACUCUCAGCUCUCACUCUCUCUCUCUCUCUCUCUCUGGAGCUCAGCCAUGGCUCUCAUCGCUCCUCCAAGCACUAUCUCGCCGAAAUCUCUCGCCAUUUUCGACUCUAAGAAUGCUACCAAUAAGAAGAAAUUCUUUGUUCGCAUGGUCUCCAAUGGCUACGCAGGGAGAGAUGCGUCGUCUAAGAACAAGAAGAUCUACAAAAGGUUGGAUUCUUGCUUGGUUGUGCCUCCUCCUACCGGAAAGAAGCCCAAGGCUCUAAUCAAGUUCCUCGGCGGCGCCUUCAUCGGAGCUGCUCCUGAAGUCACUUACAGUUAUUUGAUGGAGCUUUUGGCGAAAGAGGGAUAUCUAAUAGUUUCAGUACCUUAUAAUGUGACUUUUGAUCAUGAGAGAGCUGCAAAAGAAGUGCAUGAGAGGUUCCAUAGCUGCAUGGAGAUGCUCUUCAGUUCAGGACUUCCAUAUGCUAAUAUUUCAGCCAGUGACAUGGUGAACUUGCCCCUAUACUCUGUUGGUCACAGCAAUGGUGCACUGCUCCAGUUGCUUGUGGGUUGUUAUUUUGCAGAGAAGAUACCAAAGGCAAAUGCUGUUGUGUCAUUCAACAACAGACCAGCUUCAGAAGCUGUGCCUUAUUUUGAACAGCUAGGUCCUGCUGUUAGCCAAAUGAUGCCACUUAUGGAAGCAUCUCCUUUUUACUCCAUGGCAAGAGAUGUCUCAGGGAACGCAUGGAAGACCCUACUAGAUACCACAGGUACACUAGUACAGGAGUAUGAUCAGGAAAUUAUGACAUCUCUCAAUAAGUUUGUAGAUCAGCUUCCAUCUGUGAUGGGUCAGGUCUCUCAAGGUACAUCCGAAUUCAGGCCAACACCAUCAGAAAACCGGCUGUUCUUCAAGCAAUCUUAUAAUGUUCCCCACACACUACUGGUUAAAUUCAGUAACGAUGCGAUUGAUGAGACAGACACCGUGGAACAAAUUCUGAGUCCUCGGGUUGACUCUAUAGGUGGCACAUUGAAGAAAAUUACCUUGUCCGGCAAUCAUCUCACUCCUUGCUUACAGGACUUGAAAUGGGCAGUUGGACAUCAAUAUACUCCAGCAGACGCUCUUGCUCAGAGUCUCAAAUCUAUUUCACUUAAUGACACCAGAGUGCUUGCCAGGACAAUAUCUGAUUGGUUUCAAGAUCUCCAGCCAUAACUCAAAUCUAUUUUCAUUUUAUACACAUUAC